UUACGCUUUAAGCAAGCAGAAUGUCAGGAUUUAAUUUUGGAGGUGGGGGUGGUUCUAGUGGCUUUAGCUUCGGGACACCUGCUCAGGCAGCAACAACAACAGCGGCUGCUGUUGCACCAAGCAGUGGUUUCAGCUUCAGUUCACCUGCUACAAGUUCAUCUGGAGGAAGCUCAGGAUUCAGUUUUGGCAAACCAGCAACCUCUGCUGCACCACUGGGAGGAGGAUUUAGCUUUAGCCAUCCUGCUGCUCCUGCUACAGCAAGUGCUGCACCCAUGGGAAGUUCUUUUUUCAGUAAUCCAGCCAGUACAGCUUCUGGUGGCAGCCUACUAGGAAAUCCUCCAGCAGCCUCAACAGCUGGGAGUGGAUUUAGUUUCAGUAGUGGAAGCAACUUCAGCUUCACACCCACUUCAACACCUGCUAAUACCGGAGGUCUUGGAACAGCAGCUCCUGGACUCGGAACAGCAGCUCCUGGACUCGGAACAGCAGCUUCCGGACUUGGAACAACAGCUCCUGGACUUGGAACAGCAGCUCCCGGACUUGGAACAGUAGCUUCCGGACUUGGAACAGCAGCUUCUGGACUUGGAACAGCAGCUUCCGGACUUGGAACAACAGCUCCUGGGCUUGGAACAACAGCUCCUGGACUUGGAACAGCAGCUCCUGGACUUGGAGCAGCAGCUCCUGGACUUGGAGCAGCAGCUCCUGGACUUGGAGCAGCAGCUCCUGCACUUGGAGCAGCAGUUCCUGCACUUGGAACAGCAACUCCUGGACUUGGAACAGCAACUUCUUCUGGAGGAUCUUCAGGGUUUUCUUUCUCUCUUCCAAGUUCUACACCAGCAUCACAGCCUACAUUGCAGGCUGCAACAUCUUCAGCUUCAACAUUGUUUUCCCUUACAGCUAAACCGGCAGCAACAGGAGGAGGUCUUACUGUUGGUGCAAAGUCUUAUCCUAACACUACAGGAGGAAUGCCAUCACUCUUAUCAACAUUAAGCUCUUCAACAACUGCUACAAGUGCAACAGCUACUGGGCUCGGUCAAGCUCUAAGUGUUACAACAGCACCUGCACCAAGUCUGCCAGCAGCCUCUGGUGCCACAACAGGUGGAAUUUUUAACAGUGGAGUUGCAGCACCUGCUCCAGUCACAGCUGCUGCCACACCAUCUAUCUUGGGCAUGAAACUGGCAGGAAACACCACAACUUCAACGUUUGGUGCAGUUCCAGCUCUUGGUUCAUCCCCUCUCCUUGCUAAGCCUGCUUCCUCUGCACCCUCACUAACCUCUGGCUUCCCUCUUACCACAACAUCAACAGCAACAUCUAGUGUGCCGGCAUCAACUCCUGCAUUGGCUACUCUUACAACAGCUACUAGCACAAGCAGUGCAUCUAUCACAGCAGCACCAGCAGCUGCUACUCCCACACUCAGUGUAAGAGGAUUAGAAGAAAAGGUAAACAAGUGGGUAUCUGAGAUGCGAGAACAGGAGGAGCGACUGAUGAGGCAGGCUGCACAUGUCAAUGCUUGGGACCAGCUUCUCCAGAAAGGGCAUGACCAGGUUCAGCAGCUUCGUGACACCCUUAACACUGUGGAGGUGGAUCAGCAGAGACUACAAGCAGAGUUAGAUUUCAUUCAGGGUCAGCAGCAAGAAUUAGAGCAGCUGAUUGAACCUUUAGAAUCUGCUGCAUCAACUACAUCCCCAGCACAGCACCAGGGUGAUCGUCAGAGGGAGAACAUGUAUCACAUUGCGCAAGACGAAGUACCCAGAACCAAUGCAUAUCCCGACGCCGCUGCUCCUGUCACGCCCUUACCCAAUCUAAUCCACGGGUAUUACGUCUUUAUUCGGAGCCGGAGUCUGAACAAGCACUAG